GUCAUUAAUGCUGCACUGGCUCUGGCUGCUAAGCCCCAAAGCAAGCUGGCUCAAGAAAACAUGGAUCUCUUCAAAGAGCAGUGGGAGAAGCAAGUCCGGGUCCUGACAGAUGCUGUCGAUGACAUCACUUCCAUUGAUGACUUCCUGGCUGUAUCAGAGAAUCAUAUUUUAGAAGAUGUAAACAAAUGUGUCAUUGCUCUCCAAGAAAAAGAUGUUGAUGGUUUAGACCGCACAGCUGGUGCAAUUCGAGGACGCGCUGCCAGAGUCAUUCAUGUUGUCACUUCUGAAAUGGAUAACUACGAACCUGGAGUCUACACCGAGAAGGUGUUGGAGGCGACAAAGUUACUGUCCAACACAGUGAUGCCGCGCUUUACCGAGCAAGUGGAAGCUGCUGUGGAAGCCCUGAGUUCAGACCCCGCGCAGCCCAUGGAUGAAAACGAAUUUAUCGAUGCUUCGCGCCUGGUGUACGACGGAAUACGGGAUAUCCGGAAAGCCGUACUGAUGAUCCGGACUCCUGAAGAGCUGGAUGACUCUGACUUUGAGACUGAGGACUUUGACGUCCGAAGCAGAACGAGUAUUCAGACCGAAGAUGAUCAGCUCAUUGCUGGACAAAGUGCCAGGGCUAUCAUGGCUCAGCUCCCUCAAGAGCAAAAAGCAAAGAUUGCUGAGCAAGUCGCAAGCUUCCAGGAAGAAAAGAGUAAAUUGGAUGCCGAAGUAUCAAAAUGGGAUGACAGCGGUAAUGAUAUAAUUGUUCUGGCCAAACAAAUGUGUAUGAUUAUGAUGGAAAUGACAGACUUCACCAGAGGUAAAGGUCCGCUGAAAAAUACGUCAGAUGUGAUUAGCGCAGCCAAGAAGAUCGCAGAGGCUGGGUCAAGGAUGGACAAGCUGGGACGGACUAUUGCUGACCACUGCCCCGAUUCUGCGUGCAAGCAGGACCUCCUGGCCUACCUGCAGCGCAUCGCCCUGUACUGCCAUCAGCUGAAUAUCUGCAGCAAAGUGAAGGCUGAAGUCCAGAACCUUGGAGGAGAGCUGGUUGUGUCUGGGGUGGACAGCGCCAUGUCCCUUAUCCAAGCAGCCAAAAACCUGAUGAACGCGGUGGUGCAGACCGUGAAGGCGUCCUACGUGGCCUCGACCAAGUACCAGAAGUCCCAGGGCAUGGCUUCGCUCAACCUGCCCGCCGUCUCCUGGAAGAUGAAGGCUCCGGAGAAGAAACCCCUGGUCAAGAGGGAGAAGCAAGACGAAACCCAAACUAAAAUCAAGCGGGCGUCGCAGAAGAAGCACGUUAACCCGGUGCAGGCUCUCAGUGAAUUCAAGGCGAUGGAGAGUAUUUAAAGAGAAGUCUCUGUCUUGGUUAUUUUUAUUUUUUUUUUUCCUCUAGCCCACUACUGCUACUUCCAGAACUCUACUUUUAAUAUUCUAAGGAUUUUGCAAAAGUUUACUAUUCCUCGAAAUGUAUUUACUUAAUAUAAUUUUGAUAACUUUGUUUAGAUCACCUGGGGAAAUACUCAAAUUUAUAAGUCCUAUCGAUAGAGCUUCAGCCUGCGGGAGUGUGUUGAUUUAGAUUUGCUUUUAGAUUUCAGGGGAGUAUUUCUAGCUGGGAAUCGUGUUGUAGAAUCUCGCUUCGAAUAAAAUUCCCGAUAACCAAAGAGGAUUUUACAGUAACACUA